AUGGCCACCACGCAAGCUGCCUCGUCUCUCACCCAACACACAUCUUUUUGUCCGCCGCCUCUGCAUAUACAGAAGAAACCACGGAGAACAACACUCCGCAAGCUACUCCGUAAGUCCACCCCUGUCAGCGAGUAUGUAUGCGGCCCCCUCGACGACAUCAUCGAUGAGAUUACAAGUAACCUCUGGUCCCCGCUUGACAAUGGAGCUGGAGCGCCUUCUCUCGAUUGGGCAGCCUCGCUCGAUGUGCCGUCAACUUGGACCGUAACGCCCUUGCCUGUCAGUCGCCUACCUAGGAAUCAGCCUCUGACUAUACGCAAGAACAGAGAAAGCCGCUCAUCGGCCUCAGGUUCCAGCAUGGGAGACCCUCCUCGCUUCCUGCGUUACAGUAGCCAAGACGAAGCAUAUGAUGGUGGUCCAGUUGGUCGGCUUGCAUCAGGAGUAAGCACCCCUUGGCCUUUGUUAGACAUACAGGAACAGACGCACGCACCGAGUGCUUCCGGUACUGUUGCAGUCAACGCGCGAGAGGCUUCCGAGAGUCCAGUUAUAGAAGACCGUAAUGUCCCCACCAGACGUCGUACUUCUGUACUGCGGCUGUUCACAGGGUUCUCACGCUUGCGACGUACGGAUACCAACGAGACCAACGGCAGUGGUGAUAUACCCAGUCCAGUAACGCCCACGUUACGCGACACUCAUUUUGGCGAGGACAUUCUGCAAGAGCCCAGUAUGGAUGCCGUAGAGGCAUACAUUCAGAGGAAUGCACGCGAACUUGGUUCCAUUGCGGGCGGCAUCACGAGACGACUUCCAUCUCCCGCUGAGUAUUGCUACGACGAGGAAGAAGCCUUUGACUUCAGGAUGUAUGAGAAGAGCCCGACCACUUUACGAGCCGCUGUCAGAGUCUACUCGGAGGUAGCCCAGCUGUUCGAACAGGAGCACCAAGAGUUUUGGAUUGCUGUCGAAGUUGAAGGUGCUCUUCACAAUCGAAUGUCGCUUCUACACAGCAACGUUGAUGUCAUCUUUGUCGUAGACAAUUCAUACUAUGUCAGCAGAGAGUGCCUGAGCAGGGCUUUGGAUGCCGUGAAUAGCGCAAUCUAUAAUCUCCGCGAGGGUGACCGCGUAGCACUCUAUACGACACACUGCACCCACCAAGCUGUCACUGGUAACCGACCGGAUCUGUUGUUUCCGAUCUCGCCUUAUACCCUCGAUACGGAGGAGAUCUUCCGUGGCCUGAGCACAUCUAUUGCCAAGUACGGCACACAGGCAUGGAAACCUCCGCGUCCUAAUCCAUCGAUGGCAGAGGUCAUCUUGGGUAUAGCAAAGUCUCUCAAGAAGCAUGGCCUGAAAGAGCAACGUACCCAUGUUGUACUCCUUUCUCCGGCUUCCCACAUCUUGCACGAUGUGUCAAAGUCUUGCCCGGAUCUCUACAUCCAUCAGAUCAAUCCCGCACCUCUCCCGUUCCGUCGGCUGCCUGGCCUCAGCGAUAUACAAUGCGGCGAAGAGUGCUGCAAGAACGUCUUCAUCCGCAACUGGACUCAUAUCCAGUCCCUUCCUUACCACAUGAAGCGGAUCCUGGAAUACGCUCGCUCGAUCAAGCCUGCGGGGGGGAUAAGCCAAAUUUGUAUUGACAUUCGAGCUAGAGAUGGAUGCGAAGUCAUUAAAUGCGUAGGCAGCAAAGACAUUGCGAGCCUGCGUGUUGGCCAGGUGUAUACAAUCUUCGUCAAGGUACGCACGACAAGGUCUGCGACCAAAGCUGUCGAUCUGCAGUCGAAGAAUCCUAUCUUCAACUCGUCUCUGGACAUCAAAGACUUGAGGCAGCAACUGCAGAACGCCGUGACCGUAGGUGCCGUGAAAGUACAUAUACUCGAUGUCCAACUGUAUCACCGGAGCAGAUGGCAUGGAGCAGACUGUUGGAACUAUGCAGAGACACCGUUUCUCGUUGUUCGUGAGUUGGGGGGUCUGGCGCGUCCCUACGAUACCGCGAUUGAGGUACAAAAGCGUCGAUUGUUCCACGCGUUUGCUCAGCUCGACGCAAAGGCUGCUCGGCUGGAGGCUAACUCCCUACUUCCUACCCUGGCUCCAAUUCAAGAACCCUUGAAGAGGUUCGUCCAGCACAUGGUCUGUGAGCUCGAACAUCACCAGCGAGUCCUCGAGUACGAGCAAGAGCAUCGCCAAAGGCUGCCAUUGUGUCCAGGCCCGAUCGACAUCGAAACUUCACCCCAUGAGCGCUUCGAAGAAAUGUGGGACCGAAGAAGCAACAAGCGUCACGGUGUUGCCAUGGUUGAAGAGGAGGAAAUAAGUGGCCUGAUUGACGGUCUGCAUGGCCUGGAGCGACUUGGCUGA